AUGCAAAAAUUUUGGGAUUCAGCGCUUAAUUUGGAGCCACCAGAUGAUUAUGACACCCAGAGUGAGAUGUCUAUGUCUGCAUUAAUGACAUCAGAUGGGACUGAACUGGGGAAAUCUGCUUAUCCAUCUCUUGGUCUUGGGAGCUCAUUUGCCUUCAAAUUUGAAGAUCACAGGGGACGUGUACACCGAUUUAAUUUUGGCACAGAGAACUUAGGUGAGCUUGUGUCUGCUGUUAUGCAAAGAGUAGGUUCAGUGAAUGACCAAAGCCUCUCUCAGCUUUUGUAUGAAGAUGAUGAAGGUGAUAAAGUUUUGCUUACAACUGAUGGUGAUCUCAUUGGUGCUGUUAGCCAUGCCAGAUCAGUGGGACUAAAGUUAGUUGGGUUUUAUAUGAUUGAUGAAAUGCCUGUAUGCUUUUCUGAUCCAUCAAUUUGA